GAGCUCGGGAAUGUUCCCGGAACUUAAUAACCUCCUCGACACCGCCCCUGACAGGCCGGAGCAGGGGACACUGACUCUGCUCUGUGACGCCAAGACCGAUGGCAGCUUCCUUGUGCAUCACUUUCUCUCCUUCUACCUCAGAGCUAACUGUAAAGUCUGCUUUGUGGCGCUCCUCCAGUCCUUCAGUCACUAUAAUGUCGUGGGACAGAAGCUGGGCGUCAGCCUGACCGCGGCACGGGAGCGAGGGCAGCUGGUGUUCCUUGAGGGUCUCCGGUCCUCGGUGGACAUCUUCUUUCAGGCUCAGGAAGAUCCACACCCACUGCAGUUCCUCAGGGAGGCCAAUGCUGGGGACCUGAAACCAUUGUACACGUUUGUGAAGGAGGCCCUGACACCCACAGAUAGUGGGAAGGCUGUGUGGCGGUGCCCGGUGUUGCUGGUGGACGACCUCAGUGUGUUGCUGAGCCUGGGUGUGGGUGCGGUGGCCGUGCUGGACUUUGUCCACUACUGCAGAGCGACCGUGUGCGGGGACCUGAAGGGAAACAUGGUGGCCCUCGUGCACGAGAGCAGAGACGUGGAGGAUGAGGACAAUGACAUCCUGCUGAAUGGGCUCAGUCAUCAGAGCCACCUCAUCCUGCGGGCCGAGGGCCUGGCCACUGGCUUCUGCAGGGACGUGCAUGGGCAGCUCAGGAUCCUGAGGAGGCAGGCGUCACGGUCCACAGCGCGGCAGGAGAGGAGCCUCACCUACCAGUACAAGAUCCAGGAUAAGAACGUGUUAUUUUUCGCCAAAGGAAUGUCUCCGGCAGUGCUGUGACUUGCUUGACAAGUAGUUGGUGUGCCCUUGACUGCUCAGAGAGGUGGAAGGUGGCGCGUCCAAGCGGGAACGGGUCUUUACACCUUCAUGCUGAUAUUUCAGGCUGGGCUGUCAGCUCCACAGGGACCUGGCCACGUUGCUGGGUGCGGCCAGCAUGUGCCUCUGCUCCCCUGUGCCCUGAGUAGAAAGCCCCAUGGGGGUCCCUGAUUCGGCCUGUUCUGGAAGGGAGGCUACAUGUUGAAUCCCAAUGAAAGGAACCUUUGCAGCCUUUCUUGUAAAUGCUCUUUGUCCCUGGCUGCCUGUUUUUGGCGAUUUGUCUCAUAAAGCCAGAGUGCACAUGAAUGUGCCGUCCAGGAGACAGGCCUGGGGGCAGGUGUCCACCCAGCGUGGCAGUUAGUGUAAUCAUGACUGGAAUAAAGUGAAUUCCCAUACCAA